GAUGCAGGUGGCCAACACCUAGUGUAAGCGUGGCUGUGUAUUGGAAGAGUGGCACCGAUCACUCCACUUCCAUUCCAACCGAACCAACCAUAAUAUACCUGGAAACAUAGAGCGCUGGAUUCCGUCAUGGCGCGUUGGUGGCCAAUUUUGAGCGUUGUGUGCCUUUGCCUGGCAGUGGCACAUGGCCAGGACAAACUGGAAGGCGUUGAUGUGGAGGAAGUGUGCGCCGAUCGUCCUGCGGAUGAGUACUUCCGCUUGGAGACUGACGGCGAUUGCCGUGAAGUGUACAGAUGCGACAGUGCCGGCGAAGUUGGCACCAGCCGUCUGGCAUCGAUUCGCUGUGCCGGCGGCCUGGCAUUCGAUGUUCUGCGCCAGCUCUGCGAUUGGAAGUCGAAUGUGAAGAAUUGCGAUGUCCUCGAAAAGCCCCGCAAGGCCAAGCCCAUCCUGAAGACGGAUGAGCCCAUCUGUCCCGAGGGUAAGCUGUCCUGCGGCGACGGCGAGUGCCUGGACAAGGAGCUCUUCUGCAACGGCAAGUCUGACUGCAAGGACGAGUCCGACGAGAAUGCUUGCUCCGUCGAUGAGGAUCCCAACCGCGCCCCCGAGUGCGACCCCACCCAGUGCGCCCUGCCCGAUUGCUUCUGCUCGGCUGAUGGAACCCGCAUCCCCGGCGGCAUUGAACCCCAGCAGGUGCCCCAGAUGAUCACCAUCACCUUCAACGGUGCCGUCAAUGUAGACAACAUUGAUCUGUACGAGGACAUCUUCAACGGCCAGCGCCAGAACCCCAACGGCUGCUCCAUCAAGGGCACCUUCUUCGUCUCGCACAAGUACACCAACUACUCGGCGGUGCAGGAUCUGCACCGACGUGGCCACGAGAUCUCCGUGUUCUCGCUGACGCACAAGGACGACCCCAACUACUGGACCGGCGGCAGCUACGACGACUGGCUGGCUGAGAUGGCCGGCUCCAGGCUGAUUGUGGAGCGUUUCGCUAACAUCACCGACGGUUCGAUCAUCGGCAUGAGGGCUCCCUACCUGCGCGUGGGCGGCAACAAGCAGUUCGAGAUGAUGGCUGACCAGUUCUUCGUGUACGAUGCCUCCAUCACCGCCUCCCUCGGCAGGGUUCCCAUCUGGCCAUACACUCUGUACUUCCGCAUGCCCCACAAGUGCAACGGCAACGCCCACAACUGCCCGUCCCGUAGCCACCCCGUCUGGGAGAUGGUGAUGAACGAGCUGGAUCGUCGUGAUGACCCCACCUUCGACGAGUCCCUGCCCGGUUGCCACAUGGUGGACUCCUGCUCCAACGUGGCCACUGGUGAGCAGUUCGCCCGUCUUCUGCGCCACAACUUCAACCGCCACUACAAUAGCAACAGGGCUCCUCUGGGUCUGCACUUCCACGCCUCGUGGCUGAAGUCGAAGAAGGAGUACCGCGACGAGCUGAUCAAGUUCAUCGAGGAGAUGCUGGGACGCAACGAUGUGUUCUUCGUGACCAACCUGCAGGUGAUCCAGUGGAUGCAGAACCCCACCGAGCUGAACUCGCUGCGCGACUUCCAGGAGUGGAAGGAGAAGUGCGACGUCAAGGGCCAGCCCUACUGUUCCCUGCCGAACGCGUGUCCUCUGACCACCCGGGAGCUUCCUGGCGAGACCCUCCGCCUGUUCACGUGCAUGGAGUGCCCCAACAACUAUCCCUGGAUCCUGGAUCCCACCGGCGACGGCUUCUCCGUCUAAGGACCUUUUAACUUCUUCUCUAACAUCUUCCCUGAAACAGGAGAACAACUCACAGUAGUUCCACCGAGAGUCUGAUAAACUAAAAACAACAAAAAACACAAACAAACAAAAAGAAAUCUUAAAUCCAGCGAGAACUAUCUACAAAAAUACUCAAAUUGUUGCAUCUUUUGUGAUCCUAACCAGUUUCUACUUUUUUCCACCUCUAUUAUUUAUGUAAAUUUUAUUUUCCGACUCCCACAUCUCUCGUCCACUUUCUACUUUCUCUUCCGUAUUUCCUUCUAUAUCUUGUAUCUUUGUUUUCCUCUCUCUCUUAUGUUGAUAAAGUGAUUUGUUUUAAUUUACUUCGCUGCUUCUUUGACGAAAGUUCAAAGUUUAUUUUCACAAACCAACAAAAACCCAAGCGCCAAAAAUCGCAGCAGCAGAUAUA